GUCAAUCAAUCGGCUUUUGCCUUAAAACCGCUGGCAGCCCAUCUUUCUGCCCAGUCGACACCUUCAGCAGCAGGCCAGUGCCAUAGGAGAAUCUCUUUUACCUCCUAGGGUCGACUACAUCCCAUCACAAAUCACGUUUGGUGGGCUCGAGUGUGAACCGAACCUCCUCCACCAGCCCACAUUACUCAACACUCCGACUGUGUUCUUCAUUCCUCCUCGACUCGGUGUUUCACCACUCAUAACUUUCAUGUCUUACCACCUAUCGCAUAUUUCUAUGAAAUCCACAAGUGCCUUAACAUCUGUUUACGAACCGUCGGCCGGCCAGUGACGAUGCCGCAACCCCCAACUGCUUCAUUAAGCAAUUUCCUUAACGCCGCCACUUCCUCAAGUCGAAAGAGACCUCACGACGAAAUUACGAGGUCUGAAAGCCGAUCUAUCACUCCUCAUAUCCCUUCAAAGCGCCGGCGAAUCAGCCCUGGGCCGUCCUCCCCUUCCUCUUCCUAUCCACAUCUCCAAUCGAGCCAUUUUUCCAUCUCUCCGUCCCCUCCGCCUGCUUUAGCAAGAUAUCCUGGAGACGGUUUCGACUACCGUCGACCAACUAUGUCGGUAACCACAAUACGAUCUUCGCCGCAACCGCCGCAGCGAAACGAUGUGACCAUUGACCUCACCCUCGACAGUGAAGACGAUGCCUUGACUGUGUCAGAUCGCAGCUCGCCGCCACCGCGGCCUCCACGGACAAGACACGACUAUGACUCUAUUGUCGACGAGUUUGUCCGCGCAGCGUCCGAAAGACAGCGACAUGAGAGUCAGUCUGAAUGGCCAGCCUCGGGAUUCCAAAAUCAGGGACUCAACCUGAGAGGCGUGCCGCUGCCAAACCAAGAAGUUAUAUUAUUAUCUGAUGCCGAGGAUGACGACAAUGAUUUCCACGUUCAAGAUGCGAUGGAAUAUGAUUUCAAUCCCGUUCACAUCCGUACGCCAACUCCUUUUCACCCACCAUCCAGUCCAGAUAUCGAAAUUGUCUCUGAGAGACAGAUUCCAGACGCAGACCGACGACGCAUCAACAGAUCUUCAGUCCGCCAACGUGCGACUUCCGGCCAAGCCCAGCCUCUACCCGCCAUGGCUGCCUUUGGUCUUCUUCCAGACUUCCUGCGGCAAGAAGUUACCGAUUUUGCUGCACGAGUCAGCAAUGUCAUUCGAGACCCUCUUCGCCAACAGUCACAACAGAGGGGUCAACAGCAGGUCCGAAACCAGCCUUCUGGUAAUUUUGCUAUUCAAAUGAAUUACGAGCACGCAGCAUUUGAUCUUGGGGGUCUCGAAAUGUACGAAGGUCGUUCAGAAACACCCCAAGCUAACCAAGAACCAUACAAAGCGCCACCUGCGGCCAAGGAAGGCUUUGUUCGAACUUUGGAUGAAGAGUCUGUCGUCUUGUGUCCCAUGUGCGGUGACGAGUUGGCGGUUGGCGAUGGUUCAAUGAAGCAACAGGUAUGGGUCAUCAAAGGCUGUGGUCAUGUCUAUUGUGGAGAAUGUGCCACGAAUCGACACAUGACCAAGGCAGGCAAACGGGACAAGGGAGUCGUUUCGGGAAAAUCCACCCCUUUCAAAGUCUGCAUGGUGGAAGGAUGCAGUGCCAGGGUGACGAAUAAACAGUCCAUGUUCGCCAUAUACCUAUGAUUGUAUCAGACUGGUGGUAUUGGGCAUAUUGGUAUUGCCAUCCACUAUAAUGACAUUCUCUUGAUGUCUGUUAGUUCAGAGGAAUUGUGCUUCGGGGCUAGAUUUGGUCUCGGGCAUUCAACACCGUAGUAGACGGUAUGAAGUCACGAUAAUAUCAUCAUGAUCAUGACCAUGACCAUGAC